UGUUCGAUCCGAAAUAUUACUUUUCAUAUUUAGCAGAAUUUCAGGGGGGUGUAUGUAACGGAUAUUAGAUACAAAAGUUGAAAUUCUUGCUAAAAUGUGUUUGGUAAACAUCUUUGUAUAUAUUUUAUAACUGCCUUGGGAUGAGUGGUGUUUGGCGCCCCCUACUGGUUGCCUAUAAAUAAGAGGGGAAACCGGAAAUUCCACACAGACGGUUUUGCACUCUUAUGUGUACACAGAGAACAGGUGGACUAGUAGGGGAGGCUGACGGGAUGUUUUUGUCGACCACUCAUUGCAGGUAAAAGUGUAAAUAAUUUGAUGUGUCAGUUAUGUUUGUCAGUUUGUCAGUUAUGUUUGUCAGUUAUGUUUGUCAGUUUGUCAGUUGUAUUAGCCUGUUUGUCAGUUAUGUUUGCCUAUUUGUUAGUUUGUUUAUUAGCUGUUUUCAUGACAACAUGGCCGUUAUUUUCUGUUAAGCACUAGAGGGUGCUAUUUAGUAAUUUAAUGAUUAAUUUUGAUUGCUAUCUGUGUUUGUUUUUCUAGAUUGUUUUGUUUAUAGAAGAAAGAUGAAAUUGUAUGGGAUUUAUAUUAAAGAUGUAUUAUUAAGUAUAAUCACUAUACGAUCGCAUGUUAUAGAGAAAAUAUGUUGAUAAACUUCAUUGUAAUAAUCAUUUGUCACAGACGGUUUUGCACUCUUAUGUGUGCACAGAGAACAGGUGGACUAGUAGGGGAGGCUGACGGGAUGUUUUUGUCGACCACUCAUUGCAGUGAUGGCCUCCGCUGUGCAGCUGUGCCUGUAAUCCUGCCGGUGUGUGUAAGGGAAGAAGCGGAGACGCCUUGAAAAGCGACCUUCCUAAAGGCAGAGAGGGGGUGGGAGGAAACACCAGCACCAGCAGAAACAAAUGCCACCAUGUACAGCGUGGAGGACCUCCUCAUCUCUCAUGGAUACAAACUGCCCAGACAUGCCGCCUCCUCCACCCCUACGCCAGUCCCCGCAUCGUCAUCCGCCCGUCAACCACCCUCAUCCUCGCCGCCGUCCUACAGCAAACACCACGAAAUCCUGGAGAACAAGUCCGGCCCCAGGACAGUGAACGGCUACGAGCGGGGGCCCGCGUCGGCCAUGGGGAACAGCGGCGGAACAAGGCAGCCCCAAGUGUACGUCGGCGGCUGCCCCAACAACAACAAUGAACCCAGCGAGGGGAGCCAGCCGAAACGAGACGGUGAGAACCGGGGCCAAACCGAUACCCACUCCUUGGGGGAAUCGCUGACGUCGGACAGCGGGUUUUGCGAUGGCAACAGAGGCCCACAGCCACAAUCCAAGGAUGUUUCAUACUGGAGGAGGAGAGGACAGGAUUUCAGCGUGCUGCUGGACUACGCUGACAUCAGGGAACCCCAUGGAAAGGGACAGGGAGGGUACAGCAGGCCAGAAGGGCCUCAGCAGGCCAGAGGUCAAGAGCUCUCUGUGGAGGACCGUCAGAGAGCAGCUCAGGAAAGGCAGCGCUGGGCAGCCCAUGCCCAAGCUCAAGCCCUAGCCCAGACACAGGGUCGCUCUAGAGAAAGGGAGGCCGCUCUCCAGCAAUGGAGGAUGGCAACUGAGAGGAAAUGCCAGAGCCUGGGGACGGAGGAGUGGCACCCAGCUGUGAGCUUCGGCCGCCAGAUGUCUCAGAGCGAGGCGGAGCGUUGGGGACAGGAGCAGCAGCGACUCCAUGCCAGAACGCCGGAGGGCAUGGUAGUCCACCCCAGGACCAAAGCUAAAUCCCAGUCUCUGCCCAGGGUGUUGCAACCCGAGAGCCUGCAAUACGUGGACAUAGCAUUGUCUGGUAAGGAAAUGUUCAGGCGGGUCAACGGCCACCCGCUGACCCACCAAGACUUUUAUCGAGCACCUCGCUGGCCAGAAAACGGGAGGCCGGCCAGUGCCAACCAACUCUCAAUCACACCAAAGGCCCGCUUCACCCGACCCCCCAGACCCCCUUCUUACGAGAUGCACCAGCAGAUCAGGGGAAGCUGCGAGGUUCUGUCCGGCAGAGAGUCAGUGACCCCCAUGGCAAGGGACAGAACUCCCAUCCCCACAUCGAGAAGUAACGACCCUCAGUUGGACUAUUUUGCACAGGAUUCUGGGCCUCCGGGGUAUAUUCCUCCUCCGUCUUAUAAAAGAGCUCCAAUAAUGGGAGGGGCGUUCCGAGGAUAUGGAGAUGUUCCUUUUGAGUACAGGUACAGAGGGGAUAUGUAUCCACAGAUACAAGUGGCUCCUGAUGGAUCUCAUUGGUUCAUCAGGCAUCCAGCUUGUUCCUGGCCUGGUCCCCACAGAGACAGAAGUGCAUCCAGCCAGAAGCAGCUUUACCCUGUGUAUUCAACCCAGGAGCAUUCAGGAGGAGGAGUUCAGUAUAUCUCCUUUGAUGAUCCUCGCAUUCGUCACAUUUCCUCAGCUCUGGGUGGUAACUCUCUGACGGACGCUGACAAAAUCCGCCACAUCCGUAAUGAGCUUCCCAGCGUCACCGUAUCGGAGCCUGCACCCGAUGACAGUGCCUUUUUGCCCCCGCCACUGGGGCCUUUUGUCUCUGCCAAACUGGCAGGUGAAAAUAACCAGACGUCUUCUAGCAAUGUGGACAAUGAAAAUAAAAGGUGGCGAAGUGAUUUGCACAAAGACUCUAUAAGUAACUUCCGAGCACCUGACCAAAACUGCAACAACAGACAUCUCAACACUCUACCAUCGCCAUCCUCCCCCUCUUCAGCUUUUCAGCUCCCAUUAACAAGGACCUUUUCUCGUCAGGGGUCCAGUUCAGACCAGGUCUUUGCAGAAACCAUCACACAAGUAAAAACAAUUGUUCCAGAGUCAGGGCAAGAAAUCCAAAGGAACACCAAAAGAAGAGUGAGUGAAACUAUUUUCUGCCUCGUGUCUGUCCCCGUUCACACGCCGACAAACAUUAAUAAAGGCUUAGCAGCUGAUCAGAACAAUAAUGAGGCAAUGCCAAACCUGACCAUUACGAACACUGACACUUUUGCUGUAGGUCUCAAAGAAAGCCCCAACAUCCGUAGCAAGUCUGUGAACGAGAUCCCUAUCAAGUCACACUACUCUCACUACCACACUACCAGCACGUCCUCAAUGAGGAAUUACAAAAGAGCUCCUUUAAGAAAGGAGGUCAUAGACGCCUGGGUACUUCAAGCAAAUGAGGACAAAGAGUUAGGCUAUGGUGGAUCUUGGCCUGGAAACCAAUACCGUAACCAGGAAACCCAAACAGGCUCACCUGUGACAGGUUUUAAAAGUCCAGAAACCCAAAGCCCUACCAAGAGACAGGAGGCUCUUCAUUCAGCCUCAGAUACAACUAUGGAUCUUGAUGUUGGGACUGAUGGUGCCUCCUCUUAUGGAUACCCAAUGACAGGUCAAAAGAACCUUCAUCUUUCCAGUAACAGCGCCUUCUCCCGUCUUAGCUUAAGCCCAACACAAACAGAAUCACUUCAGCACACACAACAGGACUCCUCAUCUCCUACCAAGACACAUAAUCAGGGAGAACAUCAGUUAUCUUCUCUUAAGAAGAGCAGUCCACCUGAAAGUGAAGAACAACUGGUCUUUGGGCAAUUUCUCUUGAAGCCAGUGAACCGACGACCCUGUGACGCAAUUGGUGAAUUGGAGACUAUUAACAAAGAGAUGGAAGAUACAAUUAGCAAAAGACCAAAUGUGAGUCGAUUUAAAAAUGACAGUGCGGAUGAAAGACUGGCUUGUUUUAAAUCAGGAGCACAUUUCACUGGUGGUCCAGAACCAGGCCGGGAAGCAAUUAGUCUCCCACCAAUGCACAUCGAAAGGCCCAAUCAUAUAAAAAAGCGAUCAAAGUCUUUUGCCUCUAGUGCUGAUCUGGAAUCAUUGGAAAUGAGUGGAACUUUCUCCAAGCCACAGGCCAAUAACAUCCCACUAACAAGUAAGCAAUCCCCUCUUCCCAAACCAAGCCGAAGCAACAAUUUUCUCCUGUCUUUUGUCCCCCCUUGCAGUGAUUCAAACCAUCUCUACAGGCAGGACAUCCCAGUUCCUCAAGAGUCCUUGUUGAGGGAUGUGGGGCUUACUGUCUACACAGAAACUCCUGGUGGUCCUGGAGAGCCAAUGCAGCGCUCACUUUCAGUCCCAUCUCCACUCAAUCAUAAAGAUCAUAGUCAGUCCGUGACAGCUCUUGUGAGAACUAGCGGCAGCUUUGAGCACAAUUCAAGAGAAGAAUUUGAUCGUAACUUGAAAGGACACUCUAAAUCAGACCUCUCACCAGUCGGUGGUGAGUCAAAGGUCUGCGGAAUAGAAAGGGAAAGUUGCAUAUCGCCUGAAAAAGGCAACUCGCUACAUACUACAAGACGGACAAUGGAAGUGUCUUAUGCAUUUAGAGAUGAUGAUAGUGAUGAAAGAUAUGCGCUCUCUGAACCUCUAACAUAUAAAAAUGACUCAACAAUAGCAGAUAAGCACUUAGAGAGCCUACUUAUUCAGGAAAAAGCUAACACUUUGCCUACGGAAGACCUCAGCAACCUGUAUGAGGUGAAAUUUGCAAAAGGAAUCCCUGAAAAUGAGUCUAUAGAGGAGAGGGCUGCAAGGAUCUUAGGUAUUGCUGUUCCAGUUGAGGCUUUAUGUGUCGAAGACAAACAGUCUGAUGACGACGAGCCUGAAAUGGACUCUGCUUUGGUUGACAAACAGCUAAGUUCCAAUGAAGAAACACAGCAAGUAACAAGAGCGAUUGUGCAAGUCCAAGAGGAAUCCCUGAUAGUCCAGGGACCAGAUAUGGAGGAGAUCAAGGAGACAGGGUCUAGAGUGGUGCAAGAGGAAGAAGACAGACUAAAGCACACAAAUGACCACAGUGAUGGCCAGCAGAACCAGGAUACAGAAACUCCAUCAGUCCUAGACAUCCCCGAGUUCCCACCAAGUAAGCUUCCUCUGUCCCUACCUGUCACACCAGACGAGACCUUAUCACUGAGCAUAUGUAGUGGGGAGAAGAAAGGGAGAGGCGGAACAUGCAAACUUAUUGAAUCUCUGCAAGAUAAGCUGAACUGUUCCGCAGCUUCAUCUGCUGCUGCUUCUACUGGGUUGACUACAGACAGAAUGGCCCGUCUUAAAGAACUGGACUCUGUGUCUAGAAUAAGACGCCUUAGCCUGAAAACCCCAGAGCCUGAAUCUAAAGUAGUAGAAGAUCUAACAAUGAAAGUUUGUAACGAGACAAGGGAGAAUGUUGUGCAGCACGGCGUUGACAAGGAGGAGCUGGAAGAGAAUGGAAAAAUAACUCAAGAAGAGGAAAACCAGAAUGAAUGUGUCAACUUAAAGAAGUUUGAAGAACCAAAAGAAUUGGCUGAUGAAAUCUGUAGGAAAGAGCAAAGACAUUUAGUGGAGGUACAUGACAUGACCGAUGAAACUGGAGAAAAGGCAAGCAGCAAGAUAAAUGAAGAGCAUUUUAAACCAGAUGCAGAGGAAAGAAUGAUGGAAUUGAGAAUUGUAGAAGAUGUUGAAAACACCUCUGAGAACAUACCAGAAGCAUUGGUCUGUACAGCUGAGACCACCAAACAUGCAGAGGAAGGAAAGUUACCAAUACCAAAGCAGCGCACCAAGCUCCAGAAGCCUCCUCUGCUUCCUAAACCUCGCAGCGUUCCCAAGAGAGAAAUCACUCUGCCACUGAGCUUCAGUACCGGAACUUGCGGCACCUCCGAUGUGGAGGAUGAGGAAAUGCUCUCUGUCUCAGACUCAUACGACCCCAGUCGAGUAGAACGGGUGUGACCUCCAACCACUGCCUUCACCACUGUGGAAAUCUGUCUUUCUCCCAUUAACAGCUUUUUUACCACCAACAAAGACUUUCAUCUCGCCUCGGAGCUCAGUCGGCUCUCCCUCCCGCCUCCUUCCAACAUCUCCAAGAACCGACCGUCCUGGUGCUGAAAGAGCAUUUUUACAGCCAAGAAAAGCUACAGCUGGGUGCUGCUUCUUUAGGUCGUAUCAGACGUGUCACCCCGUCGUCUUUGCCUCUAAAACACAAGGCAAGGACUCAAGCAAGCGGACUUCCUCCUCUCAGAAGUCGUCUUUCCGUUUCAGAAGAAUGUGUGUCGUUGAUUCCCGUCCGCACUUCUUGGGAGCUUCCGUGUCGAAACCUGAAUGUAAGAGUGCGUCUGUUUAUCGAGUGAGCAAAAGAAAUGUAACAGAAAAAAGAACACACACACACACACAAGGUGACAGUAUUGCAUUACAAUCAGUAUUAACCUACACCAAAUGUAAAUAAAAGAGUUAUAAGAUUUUAUUAAGAUUAUAAAGGAAAAAAAUCAAUCUAAGACAAUAAAUUGAAAUGUAUAUUUUCUUAUGUAUGUUGAGAGAUUAGAUUUGUUUUUCAAAGUGUAAUCCUUACGUGUAUGAGCAGUAAUGAAAUUCCUAACCGUUUUUGUUCCCCCCUCCUAAACGUGUGUGAUCGAGAAUGUACUAAAAGAGUUUGGGUUGCAAAGAGAAACACUGUGGUCCUUGAAUAGUUUCACUCAAGAGCAAUAUAGUUGUCAUAUACAGGGCAUAAUACCAGUAGUAAAGUCUAUUUCAAGGAGCUAAUCUCAUUUGCUUUGAAGCUCUACCUUUAGGUACAAGUGUUAGAUUUGCACUGCGGAGAUUAUUGGCUCCGUGUUAUUCCCAAACACCUGGUAAUCUCCUCACGUACUCGGAGAUUACGCUCAGAGCGAUCCCCCUUUGUUCGCUCUCAGUAUCAGCAGCCUCACUGUGUUAGAAAUGUCUUUAGUUAAACCGCAUACUGUUCCCCAAUUUAAAAAAAAAAGUCAUUCCAUGCGUAAUGUGUGGCAUUAAGCGAUCUGUACAUGCAGUUCCGCUGAGAAGUUUACAUCCAGGUCAUCUUAACUUUGGGCUUUUAAUGAUUUAUUUCAACCAGGUUUUCCACCAGAGCAAAUAACUUUAGAAAGGGAUUUAGGUGCCUGGGUUUGAAUAAAAGCGUCAAAUUAUACGAUUGCAGGCUCAUGUAUCUCCACAUACUUUGACUAAUCUUUGGUUAAAUUUACCUCAAGCAGAAACUUGUCAUGCCCAACACCACGUUUUUGGCAUAACUUUGGCCUCUUAUCAGCAAUGGCUGUUUUCUAAUUGAGGUUAGGACAUUAAAGGCGUUUAUUGGUAGCCAUCUUUCUUCCGUUUCAAAAUCAGUGUUGAUGCAUCAAGCAACUGUCAGCAAGUUUCAAUCGGCUAGUUGUUAUUUGAGAUACAUUUGUAGAAUUUGGAACUACCUCUCUUUCUUCACACACCAGAACCACUGGUAGCAGAGCGACCGCAUCGUGUUGAUUUGGCAGUAGCAAAACUGCAAUGGAAAGACUUUUCUCGCGUCACAUGAUCAACAACCAGAUGUUGCCACUGGCACAAACCAUGAAGAAGAAAACGACAGGAAGUGGUAGGAGGAUGAUGGGGUGACAUGUUUUAUGAAUAUUGUGUGAGUAAACAUAGUCAAGGAAAACAUUUCAAUUUCAAAAAUUGUGUCUUUGCAACACAAUUUUGCAAUAUUUAGAGAUAUUGACAAAGUUUCGCCCACAUUUGCAAUAGAAACGCAGCUCAGUUUUUGUUUCGUCUGACCCUAAAAUUCUCCAGAAUUUAUUUGAUUUGUUCAUGUGAGAAACUAGCAGGGGGGAAAACAGCAAUGUUUUGAAGGUGUUGAAUAUGCAGACUGUUAUAUUUCUUGGUUGGUAACCUCUUAAUCACUGGUAAUGUAAAAAUCUUUCAACUAUGAACAUUUACACCGGUAAUACAGCAAAAUCCAGUUUAUAGUAGAUUUGAGUUUUGUUGGUGUCUGGGUUGUUCCUGACCAGUCUUCUUUGGUCCAAGGGGUACAGUGACCCGGGAAACUGAUUUGGAGUCAGAUCCAAAUAACUUCCACACAAAUUAAAUAUAUUUGUUUGAACAAAUGGUCUUAGAAUGACCAGUUGUGUAGUUGGGAAUCAAUUUUUUUAGAGGUUACAUUGGCUCUGGUGGCCUUUAUUUGAUAGUGAAUUGACAGGAAAGUGGGUAACAAGAGACAGGGGAAGACAAUGCGGCAAGGGUCAUCAGGCCAGGAAUCGAACCUGCAACGGCCACAUCAAAGAGGAAGGGGUCCAUAUGUGGGUUGUGCUUAACCACUGCACCACCACAGCACCCUUAGUUGUGUAGAAAUGACUCUUAAAAACGUUCCAAUACUUGGUUGUUCCCUUGGAUGUUUCCAUUGUUCUUAGUAUUGGUUUUCCAUUGAGUGCUGCCAAACAAAGACGGCAUGGAACUUAUGCACCUUAUUUUCUUAUUUUUAAAAAAUUUUGAACCUGCAUGUUGCAUAAAUAUUCCAUAGAGUGGCUACAAUAAAUCAUUAAAUGCCCAAGAAGUGCUCUGAUAUUCAAAGCCCGCGAUGGGUUUAUGCAAACGUCCGACUGGAACUGUUGAGAUUUCCUCACCGGUUUGUUGCGUUUGUGUUUGUUUUUUGCGGAAAGACAUAGAUGUGGCGCUACAGAUCGCAGUGUGCCUGGUACACACUGUCUCAGUAGAGAUGUUCGUCUGUGUGUCCCCUGUCCAGUUUGGACAGCAGCAACUCCAUUUCAUUUCAACAGAUAAGACAUGUGAAGUUGUUUAGGCAAUAAUAGUAUUAAGCUAAAGACGCUUAGUAACGAUGCUGUACAGAAUCUUGCUGUUGGAAUACUAGUGACGGUAUCUGAGCGUGUUUCAUAACUUGAUGCUGACAUAUCAGUAUUGUAAAAGUUGCAGGUAGAACUGGCAGUUGGUUAGCAAUAGAAAAAAAAAUUGACAAACAUGCCAAACCGAACUUUAUGCUAUGCAUUGGAUUAUUUUUUAUUUUAUUUUAUUUUAUUUUUUAACUAGUAAAGUUCAAGGCUAAAAUGCUAUUAUCCACUUUGCUUGUGCAACCAUAUCACCCUGUGAUCCAGCUGUAUUAAACUGUGUGGUAAAACCUGGUUGGACCGGCGUGAGGCUUGCGUGUAAGCAGCUCUGUCGACGGUUCACCACCGGGUUCCGUUCCGUGCCGGUCCGAUCCGGUCUGGUCUCCAGCUCAGUAUUCCUGCACCUCCGUGCUCCAGGUGAGGCGUUAUCCGGUUCAUCCCCGUAGGUCUUUUUGUACCGCGACGUCUUUGUAACAUAAUCUAGACAACUGGUGCACAUCCUGCUUUGAUAUUUUCUAUUUUCAUACAGAAGUAUGUAUAGCUUUUUUUUUUUGUAAGUGCCGCAUCUCUCCCUCUCCCUCCCUCCUUCUUUUUGUUUCGGUGCAUGUAACAACGCAACAAGUCACAGAGGAGGUGUAUUUGAAUAUAAUAAUUGCAUUUGGUACAAUAUAGUCUAUCCAAUAAACAACUGUUAUAUUUCAUACAAUGUAUAUUUUAUUUUACAAAAUGUUAAGCUACAUAUUUAAAACAGAACAAGGUAUUUUUAGAUUAUUGUGAAAACAGAGGUGUUUUCGGAGGCACAGUAUUUGUCCGUACUUGGUAUGAUUAUUGAGGCUGAUCAGAAAUCGAGACAAAUCUGGGCUGUUGUACCCGUGCUACAGACUGUUCAUAAAUAAAAGUCUUUGCAUGAAA